CAUUAUAAUCAGCGGCAGCUCUUUUCAUACCUCUCGUCUCCAAAUAUAUUCUGAAUAGCUUCUAGAACCUGCACUUACGCUGUGGAUCUGUCGAGAUUUUGUUGUAUGCCUGACUUCAAGAUCUCCGCUGCUUUGGAGGGCCACAGCGAUGAUGUUCGCGCUGUGGCCUUUCCGGAUGCGAAAAAGGCAAUUACAGCUUCUAGGGAUGCAACUGUUCGUCUAUGGAAUCUCGUGUCGUCGCCCCCUCCUGCCUUCGACUAUACAAUCUCCGCUCAUGGAUCUGCUUUCGUCAAUGCCCUAGCGUUCUAUCCUCCCACUCAAGGCUAUCCCGAAGGCCUUAUCUUCUCCGGUGGCCAGGACACCAUAAUCGAAGCCAGACAGCCGGGUCGACCCGCUGACGCCGACGCUGAGGCCCUACUUCUUGGACAUGCCCACAACAUCUGCAGUAUUGACGUCUGUCCCGAGGGAGGCUGGAUCGUGAGCGGAAGCUGGGAUUCAUCUGCGCGCCUCUGGACAAUUGGUAAAUGGGAAUGCGAUACUGUUCUAGACGGUCAUAGCGGUAGUGUGUGGGCCGUUCUGGCGUAUGACAAGAAUACCAUCGUCACUGGUUGUGCCGACAAAUCUAUACGGGUAUUUGACCGGGCAGGCCGAUUGCGAGAGAGCAUACAGGGCUCCGGCGAUGUUAUUCGUGCUCUCUGCAAACUGCCGAAUGGACACGCAUCUGGUGCGCAAAUAGCCUCUGCAGGAAAUGACGGUAUUAUACGAUUGUGGACACUCCACGGCCAGCAGAUCGACCAAUUACAUGGACAUGAAAGUUUCAUUUACUCGUUGGCAGUUCUUCCGUCCGGUGAAUUGGUCAGCUCGGGUGAGGAUCGGACAGUGAGGAUAUGGCAGGGGAGCAAAUGUGUUCAGACAAUCACACAUCCAGCAAUCUCAGUAUGGAGCGUCGCUGUUUGCCGGGAGACUGGCGAUAUUAUCACGGGUGCAAGUGAUAGAAUCGCACGUGUGUUCAGUCGGGUUCCAGAACGGCAAGGUGACGAAGCUCUUAUACAACAGUUCGAAAGCGCUGUCAAGGAAUCUUCCAUUCCUCAAGAACAAGUUGGGAAAAUAGACAAAGAAAAACUUCCCGGCCUGGAGUUCCUGAAGCAGAAGAUGGGGACCAAGGAAGGUCAAGUGCAAAUGAUCAAAGAGGAUGACGGAAGCGUCACAGCCCACACCUGGUCCUCUGCAACGCGCGAAUGGGUUGCUGUUGGGACUGUAGUCGACUCCGUCGGUAGCAAUGGUAAGAAGGUGGAGUAUCAGGGUCAAGACUAUGACUACGUCUUCGACGUUGAUAUAGAAGAUGGGAAACCACCACUCAAGCUCCCUUACAACCUAUCCCAAAACCCAUACGACGUGGCGACAAAGUUCAUACAGAGUCAUCAACUGCCGGUGAGCUACCUAGACCAGGUUGCUAACUUUAUCAUGUCAAACACGCAAGGCGCAACUAUUGGAGGGCCGUCCCAGCCCGCCACCCAUGCCGGGUAUGAUUCUCAGCACGCUCCUUCACUUCCUACUUCUCGACCCAAGGUUUUGCCUCAAGCGUCAUACCUCUCCAUAAGAACUGCAAACAUGAAAGCGAUACAGAAAAAGAUUGGCGAGUUAAACGCUCAGUUGGUUUCCGCCGGAUCCAAAGAUAUCUCCCUCAGCCCAUCCGACCUGGAGACAGUUUCCGCUUUGUGCAACCAAUUGGAACAAACCACGACCUUGAAAGACUCUCCGCUUCUUGAAGCUGCAUUGCCUUCAGUUGUCAGGGCGGCCACUCUCUGGCCUGCCGCCAAUCGCUUACCGGGGCUUGAUCUCUUACGCCUCCUAGCUGCUGCUUCUCCAAUGACGGCUACAGAGGCAUAUAGCGGAGGAAACUUGGUGCAGACUAUCAUCUCAAGUGGUAUUUUUGACUCUCCGCUCAAUUCAAAUAAUGUAAUGCUCGCAGUGCGCAUGCUGGCGAAUCUCUUCGAAACUGAAGCUGGCCAACAACUGGUAACAGACAAUUUCGAGGAGGCAACAUCGCGCCUAAAGUCCGUCCUCUCAGACUCGGCAGCAACUGCAAACCGCAAUCUUACAAUCGCAGUCACAACCUUGUACAUCAAUUUGGCCGUUUUUCUAACUUCCAAUGGACGAUCGACCACUGCCGACUCCGCCGAGCGAAGCCUCGUUCUCUUGGACCAGUUGACCAAGAUAAUUUCGAAGGAGAAGGACUCCGAAGCGGUUUAUCGGGGCCUGGUGGCGCUUGGAACGCUUGUUAUUGCACUGGGAGAGGAAGUAAAGGCCGCAGCAAAGGAGGUGUAUGACCUUAACAAAACCUUGGCUGCGGUCAUGAACACGGCUGCUGGAAGGGAACCGAGGGUAAAGGGGGUGAUCAGUGAGAUUAAGGAUGCCAUUUGAAAACACUGCUAAAUCAUGCUUCUGCUAUUCUUCUAUACUUUGGAAGUUUAGGCUAUAGUGCUUCGACUAGACGUGACGGACAUGAAUAGCUUGAUGACUAGCAGUAAAUAAAUGACAUUUAACGACCAGUGA